AUGUUGAACCACCGUGUUUCUACAGUCGCCCAAAACAGACAAACCAAACACAGGAGGAGGUGAAGAACAGCCCUGAACCUGAAGAUGAGGCGCCUGUCACGUAAGAAAGCCCUGAGCUUGGUGAAGGAGCUGGACGCCUUCCCUAAAGUGUCAGAGAGUUACGUGGAGACCUCAGCCUCCGGAGGGACAGUGUCCCUGAUAGCUUUUAGUGCCAUGGCACUUCUGGCUGUCCUGGAGUUUUUUGUUUAUAGGGACACGUGGAUGAAGUAUGAAUAUGAAGUUGACAAGGACUUUUCCAGUAAACUGAAAAUAAACAUCGACAUCACAGUUGCUAUGAAAUGUCAGCAUGUUGGAGCAGAUAUUCUCGACCUGGCUGAGACUAUGAUCACAUCUAACGGCCUCCUUUACGAGCCGGCUAUUUUUGAACUGACCCCACAACAGAGACUGUGGCAAAGGACGCUGAUCCUCAUACAGAGCAGGCUGAGAGAGGAGCAUGCUCUUCAGGAAGUCCUUUACAAAACUCUCCUCAAAGGAGGCCCCACUGCCCUGCCACCACGGGAGGAUUCCUCUAUGGAGCCGCUCACUGCUUGCAGGAUACAUGGGCACGUCUACGUCAACAAAGUUGCAGGAAACCUACACAUCACUGUGGGAAAGCCCAUUCACCAUCCUCAGGGUCAUGCCCACAUUGCAGCUUUUGUGAGCCAUGAGACGUACAACUUCUCCCAUCGAAUAGACCAUUUAUCUUUUGGAGAGGAGAUACCAGGCAUCAUCAAUCCUCUGGACGGCACGGAGAAAAUCACCUAUAACAAUAACCAGAUGUUCCAGUACUUCAUCACAGUGGUUCCAACCAGACUGAACACGUACAAGAUAUCUGCAGACACACACCAGUUCUCCGUGACCGAGCGGGAGAGGGUGAUAAACCACGCAGCGGGCAGUCACGGCGUUUCCGGCAUCUUUGUGAAGUACGACACCAGCUCUCUGAUGGUGACGGUCAGCGAGCAGCACAUGCCGUUCUGGCAGUUCCUGGUGCGACUGUGCGGCAUCAUCGGGGGUAUAUUCUCCACGACGGGCAUGCUCCACGGGCUUGUAGGCUUCUGUUUUGACGUUAUCUGCUGUCGCCUCAAAGUUGGAGUCUAUCGUUCCAGAGAGGAUGUGCAGCUACACAACCAGAUGAACAAUCUGAACAAUCACCAGACUCCUUUGUUGGCGGACAACGUCCCUCAGGAGUAGAUGUUUUCCUGCGUGGUUUAAUGGUGAGCAGGUGACCUGAAAUCAAAUGAGUUAAUAGGAGAGAAAGCUUCACCAUCAGAGGGUAUGUGUGUGUGUGUGAAUGUCCUUUGUUAUUUAAUGUUGUACAAUUUAUUUUUUUAAUUGUCAACAUCACCACAUCAUAAAACUGUUUUUCUACUGAAAAACGUAAAGCUGUGUAUUAAACACUGUGCUGUUAACAUAAAAAACGUGAUGAUCCAUUUCAUUUGCUGUAAAAAAAUCACAAAAUACCGAUUGUUAACGUGUGGAAACUGUCUAAUCCUUCAGUAAAGUCACAAGAGCAUGGAUGGAGUCUAAUAAAGUUAUGUUAUUUGA